AAGGGGGCACUAUAGACUAACAAAAAGGACAGCUGCUCCUGCUUCUACCCACGGCUUUUGUCUGCACGCAUGCAACUCAUCUAUAAAACAGUUCCUGUCCUGAAUUAUUGAAGAAGGCUACGAUCUCCCCGAUUAGCAAGAUGCCGGCCGUUCACAAAUUACUUCUGGAAGAAGCCUUACAGGACAGUCCACAGACUCGCUCCCUUCUCAGUGUGUUUGAGGAGGAUGCAGGGACCCUCACAGACUACUCCAAUAAGCUGCUCCAGACUAUGCAGAGAGUGUAUGGGGCCCAGAGUGAGAUGGGCUUGGCAACAGAACAGCUCUCCAAGCAGCUUCUGGAGUACGAGAAGCAGAAUUUCGCGUUGGGGAAAGGAGAUGAGGAAGUGAUCAGCACACUGCAGCACUUUGCCAAAACAGUGGAGGAGCUAAACAGUCUGCACUCGGAGCUGGCCACCCUGAUUGCAGAUCGAAUGGUGUACCCCAUGAUCCAGUUCAGAGAGAAAGACCUCACGGAAAUAAGCACGAUGAAGGAGAUAUUCGGCAUUUCCACUGCAGAACACGAGGCGGCCAUGGUGAAGUACAGCCGACUGCCCAAGAAGAGGGAGAAUGAGAAGGCGAAAGCGGAGGUGGUCAGCGAGGUGGCCUUCGCCAGGAGGAAGCAGCACCAGGCGUCCAUGCAGUACUACUGCGCGCUCAAUGCGCUGCAGCACCGCAAGAGAGUGGCCAUGCUGGAGCCCAUGCUGGGCUACACACACGCACAGAUAAACUUCUUCAAGAAAGGCAUUGAGCUGGUGACAAAGAAGAUGGACACUUUUCUGUCCUCAGUAUCCAGUAUGACGCAAAGUAUUCAGUCACAGCUGGACACGGAGGCCGAGAGCAUGCGUAUGACCCAAAGAGAUCUGCUGUCUGUUGAGGACAUGGUGUACAUGCCCGAUCGGGACCUGGACCCUGUCAACCGUACGCUCAUCCAGAAAGCAGGCUACCUCAACAUCCGCAAUAAAACGGGCCUGGUCACCACAGCCUGGGACCGGCUGUACUUCUUCACCCAGGGAGGGAACCUCAUGUGCCAGCCGCGCGGUGCGGUCGCUGGGGGCAUGGUGAUGGACCUGGACAAUAGCUCUGUCAUGGCCGUGGAGUGCGAGGACCGGCGCUACUGCCUCCAGAUCACCUCGCCCACGGGCAAAACGUCUAUAAUUCUGCAGGCAGAGAGCAAAAGGGAAUAUGAAGAGUGGAUUUGCACCUUGAACAACAUCUCCAGGCAGAUCUACCUGACUGACAACCCAGAGGCUGUGGCCAUCAGGCUCAACCAGACCGCCAUCCAGGCCGUCACACCCAUUACCAGCUUCGAGAGGAGACAGGAGGGGUCGCCCAACCCCGACAGGGCGAAGCCUGGUGGGGUGGUGGUCACUGCGGCAGCCUCCCAGAAGCCCACAGUUGCUCCUGAGCCAGACGACUUGAUAGCCCUGGGAACGCCGAUUCAGUUUGACAUCAUGCUUCCCGCCUCGGAGUUUCAGGACCAGAACCGAGCAGGGGGAAGACGGACCAACCCCUUUGGUGAAACAGAAGAGGACUCCUCUUCUGACUCUGAUGACUCGCUGCUGCAGCAGGUUUUCGCCGUGAGGUUUCUGGGCUCCAUGGCUGUGCGCUCGGGCCACACACAGGAAGUGAUCUAUGAGGCCAUGAGGCAGGUGCUGGCUGCCCGUGCCAUCCACAACAUCUUCAAGACCUCCGAGUCCCAUCUGAUGGUCACCAGCAACAGUUUAAGGCUGAUAGACCCGCAGACACAGGUUACCAGGAUCAGUUUCCAGCUCGGGGACGUGACCCAGUUUGCGGCCCACCAGGAGAACGGGCGGCUCAUGGGCUUUGUGGUGGAGUGCCGAGACUGGAGCGAGGGGGAGGAGGAGGGCUCGCCCUCGUUCAGCGCGUUUGUGUUCGAGAGCCACACCGAGGGAGAAAAAAUAUGCUACACAAUAAGCCUGGGGAAGGAGAUUAUUGAGGCAAAGAAGGACCCAGAGGCACUGGCCCAGCUGAUGAAGUCCAUGCCACUGACCAACGACGGCAAGUUCCUCCUGUUGGAGAGCGAGAGUGGUGACACAUCUAACGGUGGGGGAGAGGAGGACCUGGAGUCCGAAGCCUGAAGGCCGGGCCUUCACCCAACCCCCUCCCUCCCCCAUGAUCUCAACCCUCUGUCCAUUACACCUCUUGCUAACAAUUUGCUCCAUUGAGAUUCUGAUACAAAGGGACUUUUCUGUUUUACCUAAUUUGGGUUACUUCUCUUUCAACUGGGGGUGUCGUUAUUAAUGAUGUACUUAACGAACGAAGAAGGACGUCUUUCCCACCUCUCACAGGUUUACAUGCUCAUAUGCGGCUGACCCCAGCUGAGGCUAGCAGCUGUGGUAUGCUAAAGCCUGUCAUAGCCUAAUAUGUUGGCUCAUGGUAUGUUGGUCCCUUUCCUCUCAAUAGAUGUGAGUCAAUACAUGUAUCAUUCCUGCAGAGUAAGAGUUGCACUUCCCCAGAGUUCUUCUGCAUCAUGGGGCUUGGCGACAGCAGCUUGCACUAAUCUCUGAUGUUGUAUUGAGAAAGUAGAUUGUAGGGUGACAUGAAGAGGUUAUUUCCUCACCGAAUGAAGAUUCAAGAUUUGUCUUAUUGUUUUCAAAUGAUGUUCCACUACAACAGUGUGUGUGUGUGUGUGCUUUUAUUGUUUUGGUGUGAUGAGCGUGGGGUCCUCUACAUCUUGUUCAUGGGGUAAACUAACUCACCUCAAACCUAGAUAGGGUUUGACAUCUGUAUAAAACAAACAGGUUGGUUAAAAUAUGUCCUUAUUUGAAGUAUGGUUGGUCAUAGGAAUGAUGGCAAAGUUGUUGUGGGACCAAAAGAAUGCCAAUAGAAUGUGCAUGUAUUUUCUCUAAAAAUAUCAAGGCCGUCUUAACUUGAGUGUCAUCUUACAGCGCUGUUCUGAUACUACAAUGACACAGUAUCAGGACACAGCACUGCAAUCGAUUCAUUUCUAAAAGGCUCCUUUCUGCUACCGCACCACUCUCACAAACUAUCUUCAGAAUUGGCUAUCCCUGAACUAGUCAGAGGAAUCCUGUGUCUGGGUUUACAAAACACUAUAAACAGAUUGAUGUUCUGCAUACGAACUAAAGCAUUUCACAGCACUCAUGUAUCAGGCUACAGGGUCAAGUUUCCAUAAAAAAUGUAAACCAUCUGAGACUAUGUUGACAAACACAGUCUGGAUUUGAAGUGUGACUUGACAGCUACAUAAACACAUUGACAGUAUAUUCCAACUAGAGGUC